AUGGGGGUAAAAGGUUUGAAUUUGGCCGUCAGUCGCGUGGCCAAAACGCGCAGAGGCAAGCAGGUUUUGAAGGCUCGAGGACCACAAGUUCACGAACCCACGAAGCGACUUCUUGUGAUGAAAGGGAACAAAGCCAGCCAGAGUGUUCAGAACAUGCUAGCCGAUCUCCGCGAUUUGAAGAAGCCGGACGCCGUCUACCUCCAUAGCCGCAACCAAAAAGACUUCCAUCCGUUCGAAGAUGUCUCCACGGGGGAGUAUCUCUGCCAGAAAAACGACUGCGGCACGUUCUGUCUGGGUUCGAGCUCGAAGAAGCGACCGAACCGGCUUAUCUUUGGGCGGAUGUUCGCCAACGAACUGCUAGACAUGUACGAAUUCCAAGUCGUCCACUACAUGGGAUCCUCCUCCUUCGCAGGCGUCGAGAAGCCUCGACUGGGCGGCCGACCUCUGCUCCUGCUUCAGGGCGCGGCGUUCGAGUCGACUGAAGUUCACCGAGGGCUACGAAACAUCCUCGCGGACAUUUUCCGGGGCGGAGCCAGUCACGCCGGCGCGGUCGCCGGAGAAGGCUCCGCCAAACUCUAUCUCAAGGGGAUCGAUCGCGUUGUCGCCAUCACUGCGCUGGAGAGAGACGGCGCAGAGGCGCACCUCAGCCGCAAAGUACACCUGCAGACUGGGGGCUCCACCGCGACCGUUGAAGGCGCCGCAAACGCCGCCGUCGCCGCCACGCUUCCUGUGCCGGGCGCGGAGAAAAAAGACGAUCUGGGCAGUGGGUCCAGUCUGUCAGAUAAAACAGCGACGGGAGGCAAACCGCUCGUUUGUCUUCGACAGUACCGGCUGGUCAUGCAGCGCGGCGAAGUUGGCAGCAAGGUUCCCAGAGUCGAACUCGUCGAAGUCGGGCCGCAAAUCGACAUGGUACUUGAUCGGCAUCGUGUAGCAGAAACGAGCCGUUGGAAGCGCGCCACGAAGACUCGAGAAACGACGAAGGCAGCAGAUUCGUCCACGUCUGCGCCCAAAGCUGAGAAGAACAAGAAGCGGAAGAACGUCACAACGACGACGACUGGAGACGUCAUUGGCCGUGUCUUCGUUGACAAACCUGACUGGAAAUCUCUCGACGCACAGAAGAACGUCCUGCUCAUCAAACACAAUCGGAAAAGGCAGAAGCUGGCAAACGCAAACCGCGGCGGGGGUGCUGAGGAGAACGCCUGA